UUUUUUCCUCCAUUAUCACCAAUAUAACUAGGUUCCCGCCUGUGAACAUUGGUGAUUCACUGCUACUAGACACGGAAGCCUGUUAAUCGAAAGCUUCUAUUCCGUCCACAAGCAUUUGAACCAUUAUGUAAAACGACUAUUACACAAUGUAACAUCAGGAACUUCAACAACAUAAAAAAAGAAGCAAAGAGAGAGCUGAAAGUGAGAUACUUCAUGCAUUAGGUUCAACGAAUACGACGGAGAUGACAAGUUUUUCCGUCAAUAAACCGAUGUGAUUGGACAUCAAGAAUUAAAAUGUUAAAUUCAAAAUAUUCGGUUGGAAGGAUUCAGUGGCGGAGAAUUUACGAGGACACUCCAAAAAACUUCACAAGGCCAGGACAAAUAACUUGUCAGCUGACUAUCGACUUUCCCAUCGAAUCAUCAAUGAAUGGAAUUCAUUACCUCAGGACGUGUUUGAGGCUCGAUCCGUCGACUCUUUUAAAAGAAAGUUGGAUCAACUGAGAGACCAUCAUCGCCAGGACUAACACAAGCCAUCAAGCCUCUUGUCCUUUCCGAACUGAAACUGAAACUGAGGUGUCCCAGACUAAUCGCUGUGGUAAACCCACCUGUCACUUUUCAGAUAAGGAUAUCCUGCAGAUAGUCGACUGCCACCGCGAAACUACUACUUUUCUACAUGUCUCUAUUAUAACGUUCUUAAAGACCAACCUCAAAUUUACUAACUACCGAGAUUUUCAGUCGUUUUACUUUCAGCCAAAUACAACAAAGAUCUAUGAGGCAGAUUGGUGGAAGAUGGUUUCACCAUAACUUAACUGGUUUGGAAGCUGAAAAACUGUUGACUUUAAAAGGUGUCAGUGGCAGUUUUCUUGCUCGUCCAAGUCACAGUACCCCAGGAAGCUUCACACUUUCAGUUCGUCGUGGCGAUGAAGUUACACAUAUUCGCAUACAAAAUACUGAAGAAUUUUUAGAUCUAUAUGGUGGAGAAAAGUUUGCUACUUUGUCAGAAUUGGUUACAUACUACAUGGAGAAUGAGGGACAACUCAGAGAAAAAAAUGGUGAUCUUAUUGAGCUGAAAUAUCCUCUCAUUUCGGAAGAUCCGACAACUGAGCGUUGGUUUCAUGGAAAAAUCACCGGGAAAGAAGCUGAAAAGAUGCUAUUAGAACGAGGCAAACCUGAUUGUUUUCUGGUUCGUGAAUCUGUUCACCGACCAGGGUCUUAUGUCCUGUCAGUUCUAACAGGUGAACAAGUAGCACAUAUUAUGAUUCAUGGGAAGCCGAAUGGAAUGUAUGAUGUUGGAGGAGGGCACCAGUUUUCUUCAUUAAAGGAAUUAAUAGACUUCUACACAAAUACUCCCAUGGUCGAAAAAAAUGGAGGCUUAGUGUCACUAAAACAGCCUUUCAACGCUACUCGAUUUAACGUUUCUACCAUUGAUCAGCGUAUGCAUCAGUUGGAACAAGAAAGUGGUCAUGGUUCCGGGUUAGCUGGAUUUUUAGAGGAAUUUGAAGAGUUGCAUCAGGAAGCUCAUGUGAAGAGUAAUCCACGUGUUGAAGGCUAUCAGUCUUACAACCGAGAUAAAAACCGGUAUAAACAUAUCCUUCCAUUUGAUUGGUCUCAAGUUAAACUUCUUGAUGGUAAUCCUGAAGAACCUGGUUCUGACUACAUCAAUGCCAAUUAUAUUUGUUGGCCUGUCCAUCUAACUGAAUCUCUUUCUAAUGGAAGUUCUUUCUGUUGUGUCAAAUAUCACCCAAUUUCUUCAGUUUCUGAUCAGAAUAAUAAUCAACAAUGUAAUGCUUCUAUCACUACCUCCAAUUCUCCACACACUCCAAAUAGUUCUGCUGCAUUUUUUUUCAAUGGGAAACCACGUUACAUAGCCACCCAAGGGGCAGUUGCUAAUUCACAAGAUGCAUUUUGGCGUAUGAUAUGGCAAGAAAAAAGUGCCGUAAUCGUUAUGAUUACGAAAAUAAUGGAACGUGGUAGGAAUAAAUGUAUUCGUUAUUGGCCAACUGCAGAAGAAGGCAUACGAGAGUUUCCAAAUUAUGGUGGUACGAUUCGUGUCCGACAUUUGUCUGAAAGGAAUUCUGUUAAUUACACGCUACGUGAACUUUAUAUGACUAGAGAUUCUUCUAUAUCAACAAAAAACACAGAACAUCAGUUUCCUCAUUUACCUGAAUCUGUUACUGCCACUUCUACUUGUUCGAGUCCUACUAUCUCUGACACACGAUUUGAUCAGAAGCAUUGCAAAUCAAGUAACACAAAAUUGCAUCAAACCGAUACCACACUAUCAACCGUCAGUAGUCUUGAAAGUACAUCUCGAGAAGUGAAUUCAGGAAAUGGACUUACUGUUUAUCACUAUCAUUUCACUGUUUGGCCCGAUCAUGGAACUCCUAGUGAUCCUUCGUGUGUACUCGAUUUUAUGCAUGACAUAUCCGCUCGACAGGAUAGUAUCCCAGGCGCUGGACCUAUCGUUGUACACUGUAGUGCAGGUAUUGGACGUACUGGAGCAUUUAUUGUAAUCGAUAUGCUCAUAAAUUAUAUCAAAACAAUGGGCCUUAAUUGUGACAUAGAUAUUUCCCGUACAAUCCAAGCAGUUCGUGAACAACGUUCUGGGAUGGUGCAAACUGAAACUCAGUAUAGAUUCAUUUAUAAAGCUGUUCAGCAAUAUGUAAAUACAAUGUCCAAGCGUAUACAAAUGGAUAAUGAUCUUCGCCGUACUGGAAGAGACUACACUAAUAUCAAUCGUGCUGCUGAUGAUAUUGGUGUAAUUGGAACAUCAGCUGUCAAUAUAUUUCCAACGGUUUGUUCAUCAUUGGGUUUCAACUCCCAUGAACAACAAAGUGUGACAUCAAACUUUAUUCCUGGAGCAAGUAUCAACACACCCUCAGUCACUGGAUCUUCUGUGCCUGCUUCAAAUAAACAAUGCAAUUGUCCUAUUCACUCUUGUUCUCAGCGACAAUCAACAUCAAACCAUAAUAUAUCUCAAGCUUCCAUUUAUCCCACCAACUGUUCACAAACUGCUGUUUCAUGCACAACAUUGCCCUGCACUGCUCCAGUUGUGUCCGUUUCGCCUCGCAAUGCGGAUUCUGUAACUGGGGGCUUCUUCCAUCGACUGACUGCACCAAGUCGUCCCCGUACGAAGUCAUGACACUUUUUGAAGACAUUUUAUCCGAUUAAUUUAAUGUAAAGAAGCAUUAGUGAUAUCUGAAAUGUAUGUAAUUGUACUCAUUUAUUACAUGUAUGACUUUAAACAGAUUUUGUUUAUUUAGAGAUCACAAAAAAUUAUUGGUUUUUUUCCCUUUAUCACCGAAUUAUCAGUAGUAAUCUUAUUUGAAUAAUAAACCAUUGAAAUCUAUAUUUUGUUAAAAUGCUGUAUACAAUGAUAGUAUGAAUAUGUAAAUGGUAUUAUCAGUACUGAGUUGUUUAAUUUUUGUUAUUAUUUACCAAUUAUGUUAGUUGGUUUUUAAUUCUAAUAAUGCUCCAAAUGUUUGUUGAAAUGAAAAAUUAUUUCUUAUUAUAUACUUGCACAAAUACUGUUUUCAUUCAAUGAAAUAAAUUUUAUUAUUUUUUUUUGACUUACCUUUUUUUCUUCUUUUGAAUAACAAUUUUUGUGUAAAACUCUAAGUAAAACGUUGAUAAUUUACCUUUAAACGAUACAGUUUACAAUUUACUAUAAUAAUGUAAAUUCUCUCUUUUACUCUUGGUAUAUGAAAAGUGUUUUAGUCGUUCCUAGAUUUAAUUCCUUUUAAAUAAGGUUUUUAAAAAAAAUGAAAUUCGACUGUUUUUUUUUUUUGAAAAAUUAUUUACAUUUUUCACUUUAUCAUUCACGGGAAGGAAUCCAUUCAUAAUGUUUGUAUCAGAUUACACAGUUCUCGUAUUAAUGUUUUUUUGGAUAAUGUGAUAAUUAUGUUUUACUUGUAUUCUUAUUAUUUUUACUGUGUGAAAUUAUUGUUCACUCGAUUUAAAAGAAAAUUAAUUAAAUUUACGAUUUAU